AAAUAAAAAGACACUUAGUUUUAUUUUAGAGAAGAGAUUAACUUAUAAGUACUAUUUUAGUGAAUUUAGAUUUGAGGACACUGAACGAGAUAAGCCAGCUUGAUAUAAUAGAAAAAAAAAACUCCCUCCUCCGUUUCGUCGGUCUCUUUUCUCUCUCUUUCUCAGAAUACAGACGACAGUCGACAGCGUCUCUUUGUCUCCUUUUCUAUCUCGGGACGAGUUAUAUUUACACAAAAUAAAUACUCGAUCUCGCGUCGAUCGGUGAUGCGGUGGCCAUGGGCGUCUGAGGCUCGGAGCCAUUGAUGAGAGCAGCACCGCUGGCUGCGGCGGCCGGACGCGAUGUCCGUUGUGGCGGCCGUGGGGCCCGGCGCCGCGGUGGCGGCGUACGGGCACGGGCACGGGCACGGGCAGCCGCUGUGCGGCGGCGGGGCGAGGAAGAGGAAGGACGUCCGGGACCAUGAGGUUGGAUUGCCGGGUAGCGACGGCCGCGCGGCGGCGCGGCGUGGGGCCGGGCUGUUCGUGCUGGAGACGGUGGAGGAGGAGGAGGAGGAAGAAGGGGCGGACGCGGAGAGGUCGUCGUCCGUCGGCGCGGCGUCCGAGGACGACGCGGAGGAGGAGGAGGACGGGGACGGGGACGAGGUGGACAGCGGCGGGACGAGGUGGACAGCAGGGAGGAGGAGGAGGAGGGAGGGCGGCGCGCUCGAGGCCGCCAUGGACAUGGGCGCCCUCGACGACGCGCUCCCCAUCAAGAGGGGCCUGUCCAGCUUCUUCUCCGGCAGGUCGCGGUCGUUCGCGAACCUUCUGGACGCGGCGUCGGCGGUGGGCAGCGCCCGCGACCUGGCGAAGCCGGAGAACCCGUUCAACAAGCGGCGGCGGGUGCUCCGGUGCUGCUCCGUCGUCCGGAGGGCCGCGUCGACCACCUCGCUCGCCGCGCUGCCGCCCAUAGCCGGCGACGACGACAACGACGACGAUGGCCGCAGUGUGCCUAGCUGAGGAACCGGCCGGGGCGGCCGCCGGGUACGAGUGCAACCCAAGGAGGACGUACGGCCGGGUUACUACACUACAGAGCAAGGCAUACAGCUUGCAAGAGCUGCAAGACGGAUGAGAGAUCCUUUCCCUUUGUAAUAUGUUUUGGGAUCUCAUUUCAUCUUUCAACACCAAGCACGGCAUAUAUAUAUAUAUAUAUAUACGCUAGUGGUAAUGUAGGCGUUAAUCUCUUCUUUUAGCAGGCUAUAUAAACGAACACUCACGUACUCCAUCGUAGCUAGCUAGUUUAUUUUUCGAGCGAGUUUCAUCACAUUUUGUUUGAUGCUCUAGCUGAUGGUGUUUACAUAUUCUAGUGCAUUGGGCUGUUAUCGUAAUGGAUAACAGAAUGGAAGGAUGCAUGCAUAACCGUACUA